ACGUUGACACGGAGCAUGCUGGGUAAUUCAAAUAUGGCGACCUCCUAUGAGUUAGCUAAAAAAGCCCUUUACGCCUCAGACGUGGAUGUUUUACUGCACCCUGAGCUUCUAUCUCAGGAUUUUCUACAGUUAAUUUUAAAUGAGAAAAAGGUCAGUUACAAAGAUUGCGGGACUCGGGACCAGCUCGUAGACCUCUACGUACGACAUGUCAUCCCGCGGCCACAGCGCACUUUACCCAACAAUCGCUGGGGAAUGAGAAUGGCGAAGACUCGAGGUAAACACUCACCAGUGGGCCCGCGAACGGACAGGGACCACCUGACUUCUUCCCUUUCCAUUUCAUGUGGCUCACCAAACGUGAAGAAGCCGGAAAUGAGCACAGUAUCGUCAUCAGGGGUGGCUGAUAGGCUAAAACCCCCACCAGCGCUAAACCUGGCCAACCCCAUUCGUCGUUUGUCUGGCAGUUCAUCAGCAUCAUCAUCAUCUCCGUUGUCGUCUUUGUCAUUAUCAUCAUCAUCGUCAUCAUCAACAUCUUCUUCCAACAAGAUCUUUUCACGCUGCCCUGGCACAGCAAGCCUCAAGCGGGAGGCAAACUGCUCUGGUGUUCUGAUGUCUCCAGAGGUGAAGAAAAAGAUCCAGCAUGUGACUUGGCCGUGACGUCUGAGUGACAGCUCAGUUAC